AUGGCUUCGCUAAUGCUACUAAGCCAGAAGACUGACGACGAUCAGUUGGGUCAACUGAUGAGUGAUCCGGAAUUACUCCGUCAGCUUGUCGCCGAUUUGCCCGGUGUCGACCCAAAUUCGCAGGAGGUCCGCGACGCAGUCAACACCGCUGCAGCUGUUAAAGAGAAGGUACGCGCUUACUUUAAUCCAUGCUUAGUCUGCUUCUGA